UCAGCCUUCCACUCAUCUCAACUCGUUCGCCCGAUUCUUCUAACCAGCGCGACUGAGCGAUAUCACGCCCCGUGUCGCGGCUUUAUUUUCUUCGUCUCAGCGACUAGUUACCCGAAGACUCUACGAUAGACCACAAAAAUGGGGGGGCCGGCAAACGCGUUCGCCGCGAUCUUGUCGGGACAGAAGGGUCGAGGUGGAAGUGCACAGGGACAAAGUCGUGGGGGGUCGCAAGUUCGAUCGGGGCCCCAUCAGUCAAAAGCUUCGAGUGCGAUGCGCGAUACGAAGACCAGAGGCAGGGGGAGAGGUGCUGCAGUGGCAGCAAAAUCUGGCCGUGGUAGAGGGAAUGCAGCAGCAAGCUCGGGCGACGGUCAUGCAUCGCAAGGAACAGUUGAGACUGCCUCUGGAACUUCCUCCGGGAACACUCUCUUUGCGCAGCUUAGACAGGGGAAACCUUCGUCCUUCGGCCAACCGAGCGGGCCAUCUCUUCAGUUUAACGCGUCGCCUUUCGCUGGAAUCGCAAAAGGGCCCGGCACGUUUGGGUCGCCUUCGAAUUUGGACGGGGCGGUUGGUUCAUCGUCUAUCGAUCGUAGCAGGGACCCUCGUCAUCGCCCGGCAACGGAGUCAAACACGGAUGGAAAACUGACAUCUAUCCCGGUGGAAGACGCGAAAAUCAUGAAUAGCUAUCAUGAGCGUUAUGAAAGGCUUAAGUAUGAUAGGGCAAAACAACGGGAGAGAGCCAUCAAAGAGGGACAAAUGGCCGAUCCAAAUCAGCCAACCUCAUUGAACCAAGCAAUAACUCCUGUGGGUACUUGCACAAGCAUGUGCCCCGAGUUCGAGCGAGUUGAGCGAAUCGUUCAGAAGAUGGUCGAUAAAAGCGAGAAGUUCCUCCAUCCGGCCACCAAUUCACUUCAGAACAUGGAGACGAAAAUGCUGAAACGAUUUCGAAGAUCUGCUGCUGGCUACGACGAACAGCUUCCUUCUGAUAUCCGGACUCCCAAGACGCUUCUCCAAACUACCAACUACCUGAUACGACAUAUCUUGGGCGGCAAUGAGCCUCUUGGCUUAAUCCACAAAUUUGUCUGGGACCGCACGAGAUCAAUCCGGAAUGACUUUUCAGUACAGCAACUCACGCAGGAGGAUCAUGUGCGAAUGGCAGUGACAUGUCUAGAGCGGAUAGCCCGUUUCCACAUCGCAUCACUGCAUCUACUCUCUAGCCCGGACAAUCAAGAGCCGUUCGAUCAUCACCAGGAGCGCGAGCAGCUGAACAAUACGAUGCUUUCCCUGAUGUACUACUACGAUGACAAUAGAGGCCGUGUUCAGUUUCCUAAUGAAGAUGAAUUUCGAGCCUACUAUAUCAUAUUUUCUAUCCAUGACCAGAGGCCUGACCUGGAGGCCAGAGUACAAAGAUGGCCGGCUGAACUGCGUCAGUCUCCCAGAGUGCAGCUUGCUUUGGAACUGUUUGCUGCAGCUACCAAUACGUGGGAGUAUCAGGGCACACUAGAUGCGAAACGACCGAAUGCGAUUGCGCAAGGCUUCUACGCUCGAUUUUUCAAUCUACUGGAUUCUCCGAGUGUACCAUACCUUAUGGCCUGCGUGGCGGAGAUUUAUCUUAAUCAUAUCCGGCAGACCGCUAUCCGAUCCAUAUGGAAGGGUUAUUGUCGCCAACCUCAGUCUCAGCAGCAUAGGAACGAGGAAUGGACGAUCGGCGAACUAACUAAGGCUCUACAUUUCGACGACGACGAGCAAACGCGCCAGUUCUGCGAGGGUCAGGAUCUCGAAUUUGCUGAAAAUGCAGAUGGAGAAGAAUACCUGAACUGGGGCAAUCGUCCGGUCGAUUCUGUGGAAUUUCAGCCAUCAUCGCAGCAUGCAUUUUCGGAGAAACUUGUCGAAUCUAAGCGGGCAGGUAGGACGUUGGUGGCUAUUGUGCUGGGUUUAAACGUUAGCCAAGCUGCGAAGCAUGGGAUGAUCGAUCGCUCUCUUUUGACAACACGUGCGGAGUCUCAGCCUCCAAGCUACGCAACAUCGAUGCAAGAAGAUAAUGAGCUCUUUGUCAGCGCUGAUGAAAACGAAGAGGAGCCACCAAGGUUGCAACUAGGAGAGCCGACUACAGAAGAGAGCAGCGCCGCGUUAUCAUCGGCAUCAGCAUCUAGCUUUGCAAAUCCAUUUGGAGCACCGUCGCAAAAUAUAUCUUCUCAGGAGCCGCAAAAAGAGACGUCUUCCAUAUUCUCUGCUGGUGGAAAGCGAGAUUUUCCGUCCCUAUUCGGUGGCUCACAACCUCAAGCUCCUACGGCUAUGCCUGCUGCAUCAAGCCCUUUUGCUCCUCCUUCGGCCUCGUCAAAUUUGUUUUCUGCCCAGGUUAAUGCGACGUCGCCGUUUCAGAGCUCUAUAUCUGUCACUGGCAAUCAAGAGGCAUCCGCCUUUCCACCAAAAUCCAACUUCUCCUCACUAUUCGUACCGCAGAAAGACGCCACGGUCACGACAAACCCAUUCCAAGCAAAAUCCUCAGACACCGCGAAUAAUCUCUCUACCAAACCUAACUUUCAGUUUCCUUCAGCGACGACUUCAGCUACAUCUCGUGUCCCGCCAUUCCAGGCACCAUCAGGUCCCCAGCCAGCAGACCCUUCGAGUUCUCUCAAGGCGACGGGUGUGACCUCUUUGCCAUCGAAAAAGCCCCUCCUUGAUUUCUCUCCCCCAAAGCCUGCGUUUGCAGCUCCCGGGCCUGAGAAACAACCGAGCCUGUUCUCCCAAACGCAGGGCCCGCCCAAAGGACCUCAAACCUUUGUUUCGCAUGGCUCUUUGUUCGACCGAGCAACACCCUCAGGUCAAGUCUCUACAGUCUUCUCGAAAUCCACCGGAGAUAUCUCAGCAGCCGCUCCUUUCAAACCGAUCUUCCCCACGUCGGCACCAGAGACCACACCGCCGACGAGCGAGUCGAUCGUGGAGCCGACGCAGAUCACAGCAGAAAAGGCAGCUGUGGAUGAAAUUGCCUAUGACAAGUCUUCAGUUCCUCUUUCUGGAGAACGUGAUCAGCGACUCGAUGAUCGUACGGCCACGGAACCUGCAGCUGAGUGGGACGCGAAGCCUCAAUCGACUUCGGCCGUUGCAACCGAACCUCCACUAUCUACGGAAAUCCUCGCACCGCCGACUAGCGAUGAACCAGCUAUCGAACAUGAUCAAGCCUAUCUUGAGGAAAAGGAGCGUCGGCGCCUUGCUUGGGUACAAGCUUUGAAUGAAACGGCUAAUAAACGACGGCAGGAGUUCUCUUCUAGUCGGAAAAGAGCCUUUGAAGAGCAAGAGCAGGAACAGGAACUAGAAAACUCUAUUGGGAUAUCUAAAGCAGAGAAGGCCGUGCAGGCUGAGAAAGAGCCCCCGCGACCUCCUAAAAAGCCAUCGUUGGCUCUCGCUUCCAUUGCGCCCUUGCCGACGUUGCCAAUACUGGAGCAAGUACGGUCAAUGACUGAACGGAAACCUGAGCCCAAGCCGGCACCCAGAGGUCCUGUCAGUUCGCAUGUCGAUGAGGAUGAACUUCUUUUAUCUGCAGCUCGCAUAGCUGCGGAAUCUUUAAAGAACGGGCCGAGUCUUCUUGAGAGUUUUGAACCUGGCCCUGACCCGUUUCGUGUUUCACAAAGCUUCUCACGGAGUCUUUCUUCAUCAAGAAGUGCAUCUCGCGGUCACUCGCCUCUGCAAUCCUACGUCAACGGCUACGAGGUUGCCCUUGCACCGGACACCCCACUUGGCCUUGGUCGAACUAUGUCUCGCACGGAGCAAAGGAUCAGGAUCACUGGUGGAAAAGGCCUAGCUUUCAAGCCCUUGAACUUCAACUCUGACAAAAAGGUCCAAGGGAAGAGGAAAAAGGAAAAUUAGAAAACGAUAUGGCAGACAUCUAAGUCUAUCGUUCAACAGACAUUGUCUUGUGGAUACAUUUCCAUUGUACAUAUUUCAGCAUUCUCGAAUAAAGAGCAUGGCGAUCGGCAGUCGGGAUUUCUCACCGGUAUUAGAACCAGGCGACCUUGUCUGAU